GUUAUUUCACGGAGGAACGGCUCUCCGCGCGCAAGAGCUUUCCACGAGGUUUCUUUGAAGUGACCACCUUGGAGAUAGAUCUGAUGGACCCUGAGCGUGUGGAGGCCGUCCAAUCGGACACUGAAGACGAUGCACCGCGACCGCUGAUGGCCUUGAUCCCCGAUCCGCUGGAUGAGAUCCUGAAACGUUUGAAGCACUACUUCACCUGGGUCUCUGAUCUGACGAUCCGCAACAUCGAGGAUUAUCGCAUGGAUUAUCGCUUCGUGGAGCUGCGUUGCAACGAUCUGUGCAGCUUUCCCUAUGUCCUGCUAUGCCAUGGUGCAACCCAUGCGCCCCAGACCUACUGCCUGCGCGCCAAGCGCCAUGCGGAGCCGGUGGGUUUGCCCUUGACGUCCCAGGCGGCCAAGGCCAUGAACGCCGCGCGGAUUCCAUCCUCGGUUGAUAUCAAGGAAACCAACAUCAACGAGCGUGAAACGCUCUUCUUGCAGGAACAUUUGAGUGCUUUCAAGAAUGGCAAUGACUUCUGCUUAGCUCAUUCCAUCUAUCGAUACGUCCCGUCACACGCGGUGCGCAAGAAGUACAAGAGCCUGCUGGACCAGCUUCGGCAGCGCUUCCCCGCACGCUUCGGCGGCGACUGUGGCGCGACGCCCGAGCGCGGCAGACCUUGAGGCUGCAGAUCCCUACCUUAAAGGCAUCCGUCAAGUGGAAAGUGUUUCCGCGAGUGCAAAGUCCACGAAGAACAUGCGGUGGAUCUGGGUGGAUGCC